GACCAGAGACGACAGCCCUUUCUGAGCUCAGCUCCUGUGGUCUCCAGAUUCUGGCACAAGAUGAAAGGCUCUGGUCUCCCCCUCUGCAUUCUCGUGGCUGUGUUUUAUCUCUCCUGGACACCUUCUGCUGGGCUGAAGAUACUCCAUUUGGGAAGCUGUGUGGUCACCACUAACCUUCAGGAAAUGCACAAUGGAUUUUCUGAGAUACGGGACACUGUGCAAGCCAAAGAUAAAAUCAUUGACAUCAGAAUCUUGAGGAAGACCGAGUCUUUGCAAGACACAAAGCCUGCAGAUCAGUGCUGCCUCCUCCGCCAUAUACUGAGACUCUACCUGAACACAGUAUUCAAAAACUAUCAGACCCCUGACCACCAUAUCCUCCGGAAGAUCAGCAGCCUUGCCAACUCUUUUCUUACUAUCAAGAAGGACCUCCGACUUUGUCAUGCCCAUAUGACAUGCCCUUGUGGAGAGGAAGCAAAGGAGAAAUACAGCCAAAUUCUGAGUCACUUCGAAGAGCUCGAGCCUCAGGAAGCGGUGGUGAAAGCUUUGGGAGAGCUAGACAUUCUCCUGCGAUGGAUGGAGGAGACAGAAUAAAAGGAAAGUGACUAUGCUGCUGAGAGUAUUCCUGGCCGAGUCCCAGUUCUCCGUUCGUGGAGGCAUGACCGCAAACCACUAUCUCUUUGUUAUAUCAUUUAGUGCUGGUCACUGUGUAUAUUAUUUAUUUCCUAUUUGUGUCUUUAUUGUGGUUGUUUUCAUGUGUUCUUACCCUUAAUCUAGACCAUGGUUUUAUAAGAUUUUGGUAAUAUCUUUUCUACAGUCGGAUAUAUUUAUUAGUUAAU